AUGUCUAAGGAAAAUUAGAAUCCAUCAAUUUAAGCUGAAUAAAUUGAUAUAAUUAGAGAAAAACCUAGAUUCAAUUGUCAACCUGAAUAGAAUUACUAAAAUGAUCAGUAUUUCUUAUUUUUAUUAAAUAACUUCUCAUUUAGAAAUGAAUUAUAGAAUAUGAAAGCAUGCAAGUAAGAACCUAUUUUCUUUGAAGUUCCUAAAGUGGAAUAGAAACUUAGUUUAUUUGAUAUCAUGGUAGUUAAAUAGAUAGAAUCCAAACAAUUAGGCAAAUUGUAUACUCUAUAUUUAUGA